AUGACAUCCGACCCAAAGGCAAAGUUUCCGUCUCACCACGCGCCCCCCGCGGGCAGGGAAGCGGGUCCCUUCUGCAACCCCCUACUCCCCGAGACCUUUCCCCGCACCCGCAGGUGCUCGGAGCCGGCCGCCGCCCGGGCUAGCCCCAGACAGACGACGCACACCCUGCCACCGACAUCCCCACGGCAGAGUUCAGACCCCUACCUUCCGCCCCAGCGAACCAACCUUUCCCCGAAGCACAAGUGGGGGAACUUCAAGCGCGAUCACAGGGCCGCCCCCUCCCAGACCCCGCGCCCCGCUCGCACUGGAGGUCUAGCGCGCCCGAGGACCCCGCGGUUCGCGAAGCUGGAGAAAUGGACCGAGCAGCGGCUCCGCGGCCCCCUGGGAACUCCGUCAACUUUCAGGGAGGAGCGGUGCGACCCGGCGGGCCCCCCCCCCCCCCACCGAGGUGGCGCGCUCCGGGAGGCGGCCCGCGACGGUCCCUCCCCACGGCCCCCCGCCGCCGCCGCCGCCACCGCGCCCGCAGCCCCCGGGCCCGCCCGGGGCACCCCGCCCCCACCGCGCGCCGCCGCGCCCCUCCGUUUCCCCGAGGGCCCCCCUCCCCGGCGCGCGCCCCGCGCCCAGCCUCGCCCCGGCCCCCGGAGCCCCGCGGGCGCCCCUCCUCGGCGGUGCCGCUCCCCCGCCCCGCAACCCCGCACCCCAGCGCCCCCCAUCUCAGCGCGACCCGACCCCCUCCCCAGCCGCCGCCACCACAUCCCCGCAGCCCACAGCCCCCUCACCGGGUCUCCGCUCCAGCCGGCGGGCGCGCACACGCCGCAGCCCCGGCCCGGCCCGCCACAGCACUCCGCGCCGCCCGGAGCCGCCUCCUUCAGCCCGGGACUCGCCGGGACAUCCGCGCACGGAUCCCCACACCGGGGCUAUUUUUAG